AUGCCGAAAAGAAACACCGCAGUAUCGCCGGAAAGCGUUACGCCGUCGUACAAAACUUUUUCAAAAGGUUGGUUUAAUUAUCUUAAAAAUUUCCGAUGAUUAUCCUUCCCUAUGACAAAGAAAUCUUUGAAAACUCUUAUAGACAGCUUGAAAUGUCCACAUGUGGCAUUAAUUUGAAAACAGAAAGAAUAAAAAUGUGAAAUGAAUGGUUCGUUUGAAACUCUAACUGAUUGGUUCAAGGAGAGUAAAAUUUUUUCACAUGACUUUAGGUACAGGUCGUACAAAACUUGUACACCUUCGAACUCAAAUAACAGAAAGAACUUUUGAACAGACUAUAUAAUUAAAAAAACAAAUAAAACAAAAAAAUUUAUAAAAUUGAAUGAAAAAUCAAGACCGAUCGAUCGAUGCUCCUCUCGGUGUAUGUACGCUCCAUUUCGAACAAAAUGGCUCCUCGCAUGGAUUUACGCUGCGAACUUUUCAUAUUUUUUUUUCUUCUUCUUAUUUUUUCCUUUUCUUCGAAUUCCUUUCUGAAAAAGAAGUAUAAAACUUUGAAAAAACCUUUUUUAAAUACUGAUCGAGGACGCCGAAGUUUGCCGAAGACCCGUUCAAAGGUUAUCGAAGUUUUUUUUCCUUUUUUUUCUUUCCCUUGACUUCCUCGAAUUAAACGACAUUGACACAUUACACAUGAAGGCAAGGUGGAAAAUCUUGUUCCACGUGAAAAAUAUAUGUUACUCCAGUUCUGUUCCUUUUUCUUCACCCAAUAUCGUGGACUAUAUCGCAGUGAGAGUAAUGCUAUACCGCGGGAGAGCCGCGAGCAAUAUCUCUCGCCCCUCGCUGCGAUCUCGCAAACGUCUUGCGCUAUAUCGCUCUUUGAAAAAUGUUUCUUCAAAAAAGUUGUUUUCUUUAAUUUGAUUCAUCAUUAUAAAAUUCAAAGAUAAAGCAAAAAAAGUUGUUUUCAAUUUUUUGAGAGGGAGCGUUAUGGCAGCGAGACUUUGACAGGAUUGCAGCAAGAAUUAAUUGGCUAUAUCGCCUGCGGCCCGCUGCGAUAUAGGCAAUCAUGUUUGGUGUUUGUAUGUACGGUCCCUUCUUAAAAUCCUCUUGAAAAAUUCCGUAUAUCAGUUAAUCUUUUUCUUAAUUUUAGCGGUUUCUGUUGAACUUGGUUUUCAUGCUUUUUCAUCUUGCUUUGAGAAACUGUUCAGAAAUUCAUGAACUUUUAUAAUUUUUUUAGAGCUAGAACCAUUGUUUUCCGAUUAAUAUUUGUUAUAUUCUUUUUUUUCAACCAAUGUAAAAAAAACUUGAGAUAUCGCAAAUUUGCGCAAAGAAAAACAGCUGAAGCGAGAAACAAAUAGUUUCGGUUCAAGUGUCCCACUUGAAGUAAAACUUGAGAAACGGGCUGAUUUUCUGUUUUUCUGUGUUUCAGUCGAGUUUAAAAGCUGCUCAGAAACAUAUUGAGGCGAAAAUUCUGCUUAAUUUCUGUUUAUUCAGCCUUACUGAAAAGCUGAAAAGCUUUGAAAAUUAGCUUAUUUUGAUUUUUAUUCCAAAAUUUCAACUUAUUCUGAGGAUAUUACUAUUCUGUACUAUACAAAUUUAUUUGAGCCUGAAUUCUAGGCUUGUCAAAAACAAUUUUCUUUCAAAGUUUAUUCAAAUUGGAAGAAGAGGAAUUAUAUUGACCAUUUUCCGGGAUUUUCUAUUUAUUCAGCCGUUUUCAAGUUCUAUCGUCAAAAAAGGCUUAUUUUCAACUUUGAGAGUUGAACAGCUAUUGUUGUUGAAGUGGAAUUUAUAAAAUUCUAUAUCUUGUAAAUGUAUUCCAAUGUCAAAAUAUUGACUGUUUUGGUUCUUAACCUGUUGAUUCAGCUUUAUUUCGAGCUAUAAGCUUUCGAAAUUGGCUUAUUUUGAAGCAAAAUCUGUUUGAAGAUUCAACUUAUUUUUAAGCUGGUAUUGCAAACUAUUGAAUCCUCACUGAAAACUCAACAUCUACAACCUUGUCCCUUGAAAAGAUCACUGAAAAAUACUCAACUAUAUAUUGAAACUGUACAAGUCGAGAGGAAGGAACUCCACAGACCUGCAAAAAGAAAAAGAGAACCAGACGGUCGCAACACCAACCAAUUCUUGAUCUCAUUCCACUCAAUUACUUCUCCCCUCUUUUUUCUCACUUCAAUUCUUAUCAAACUGUCUGACUACCCCCCAUCUUCAUCACCUAAUCAGUCCAUCUGAUAAGGCCAAACUCCACAAAAAAAAAAUCACAUCUACCCAAAAAAUGCCGCUUCAAUUCUUCGAGUUAGAUCCGAUGAUCGUGGCGCCGGCCGGCGACGACGUCAAACGCGACGUCGUCGCUUCUGAUGACGUCAUUCGCGGCGUCUUCAAAGUCGACGUCAAGGAUGAUGCGGCCCGGCAACGCGCCGUCACCAUCGUCAGAACCAAGGGAAUUUCGUGGGUUUUUCAAAUCGUUUUUUCAAAGUUUAGUUGCUUUUUCUUGAUUUCUAAUAAAAAAACUUAAUUUUAAUUUUUAAAGUCUAAUCCGUCCGUAGAGCGCUUUGAUCAAUUUUUGAAUUUUUUUUUAACGAUAAAUUUUAAACUCUCCUUGGAAAUCUCGAAAAACGGCGUAUCUUACACUUUAGCCUUCCAGGGACGUUUUUAAACGCCCGAUUGAACUUUUGCUGAAGCUUUUCUGAAGUGUACUUUAGGACCCUGUACUUUCAGAACAAGAAGAAAAUUUCUCGCAAUAGAUCUUGUUUCCGAGAGCUUCAAAGUGUGCAAAAUACGCAAAUUAGGCCAAAAAUACGAUAUUUCGAGCUUUUGAAGUGUCCUGACUCGAAAACGAAAUCUAUUGCGAGAAAUUUUUUCUUCUUGUUCAGGACUCAAGGGGGGGUAAAAAACGUUUCCUAGUCAGUUGGUUAGUCCUUAGCCUGUCACUCGAGAGAUCGUAGGUUCAAAUCCCCAUCAACGGAAUUGUCUUUCCCAUCGCUCGAAAUGAAUAUAUAAUCAAUUUUCAGAGCCACAUCCGGAUUAAUCAAUUUUAUCUGUGGGAUGAUCGGGCCUGGAUGCUUCUCACUGGCCAUUUCUUUCAAAGAAGCCGGUUUAUGGGUGAAUUUUCCUUCCGUUUCUCACUGAAAUCAGUGUUCUUAUCAUCGAAAAUAAAAUGUUUUCAGGGCGGCUUCAUUUUGGUAUUUGUGAUCGGAUUUCUCAGCCUGAUAUCCAUGCACAAAAUCGUCAACUGUUCACAAUAUUUGGCCAAAAUGUCAGUUUUUUUUAAAUCAAUGUCUCGGAAGAGUCGGGUUUAAUCACGAUGUUUUUUUCGAAUUACAUCUAGAGUUUUCUGAAAGUUGGAGGAGCCUUGAAAAAAUUGUUUAAAGUUUUUUUUCCCAUCCAUUAAAUCCACAAAAAUUGGUUCUCACUACCGCGCCCUUAUUACAAUGAGCCGCGCCAACAUUGCAUAAGGCCACGCCCACUGACCACAACCAUCGCCUGUUUAGGAACACCUUGCAUAACAAAUUGUAAUCAUUAGAGAGCUGAAAAAGGAAAAUAUUUCGACAUAUUCAGAAACGGAGAUCAAUCUUUGGACUAUGGAGAAAUGGCCGAAGCUGCCCUUCUCAACAGUUACAGCGCCGUCAGGCCUCACGCCAAAAAAGCCAAGUCUGUUAAUUUUUUUCUAAUUUGGUAAUUUUCCGCAACACACAAACUGCCAUAGAUAUAAUGUUGUUUCAGAAUGAUCGUAAACGCCUGCCUUCUAUCCUUCCAACUCGGCGUCAUCAGUGUUACAUUGGUUUUUUCAACGGAGCACGUUAUGGAGGUGAACUAAAAAUUGAAGGAAAAUACAUAAAAUACCAUGCAAUAGUUCCAAAAAUUCUAUUGAAAAUCUUUUUUUAGGUCUACGAGUACGCCUUCGGACACCCGCCACCAUUCCCGAAAAAGAUCCUGAUUCUGAUAUUUUUCGUCCCUCAGCUUCUGCUCAACUUCAUUGGCCACAUCAAAAUGUUGACGGUUUUGUCGUUGUUCGGCAACGUCGUCAUCUUCGCCGCCAUGAGCUUGAUCGCCAAGGUUUGCUCGGGAAAAAAUCCUGGUCGCCUUUGGAUUGCUUCGUCGCGCUGCGGUUCAAGUUAGAUUAUGACGCCCCCACUCGGAAUGCCGCUGUGUCUGAAAUACCGCGAGGCGCAAGUCGCUUUCAGAUCGGUUCAUAAAAACCUCUCGGCAGCUUUUGCGCGGUGAGCCUUUCCCUGUGCGACCAAAAUUUUCAAAAUCUUUCAUUUACUCUUCUAUUUCCUUCACUAAAGGGAUCCCUUCCAAAACCCUAUGAAACAAGAAAUAACAUGCAUUUUCAUUAAGUUUCCAAAUAUUCGUCCUCUUUUAAAGCCCCUGAGGAACUCCUCUAAGAAUUCACUGAAGUGCUCACUUCCAGGAGCUUCUGUUCCACGAUUGGUACCCGGUGACGUCACUCCACAGCUUUUCCGGGAUCGAAGGAAUGUCCAUCGCAGCGGGAGCCUUGAUUUACUCGUUUGAAGGACAGGCGAUGGUGAUUUUUUUUCACUGAUUUUUUCGUCUUUCAGCUUCCUUACACUAAGAAGGCUUUAUUCUACGGAAAUGAAAUAAUUUUUUUUCGAAAUUUUGAUCGAUCGGGACUCACUUUUUCUUCCCUAAUGUAAAGCUAAUUAAUGGAGCAGCAAGCGUCUUUCAAAAUCACAAAUAAUUCAAGGUCCUACCGCUAGAAAACUCCCUGAAAAGGUCGGCGGACAUGCGCGGAGUGACGGGCGUCCUGACGACGUCGAUGAACCUCGUCACGAUCCUCUACGCCUUCCUGGGAUUCUUCGGCUACGUCACCUUUGGCGACAACGUUCAAGGAAGCCUAACCUUGAACCUUCCGAACUCUGUGUAAGUUUACCUGAUUGGGUACAGCUAAAAGUAGAAAUUUGAAAGAUAUUAGGCUCAAGGUCAAGUUUUUUCUUGCUGGUCCCGAAGGUGUGCUCUGAAAUUUCAAAGAAAACUAUAAUUGAUUGAAAUCGAGCUUGUCAAACCAGUAAAGGCUUGUUGGAAUGCCCGAGCAGCUGCGUAUCUCAAAUCAGAAGUUUUCUAAAACACUGAAAGACCUGUGACUUUGCGGCCACUGGCUCCACCUAUCAAACGUAAAAGCUGAGAAAACUUCUAGAGAUCACUUUAGGGUUUUGCGAGAACCAAAAAUGGAAUACUGGAUGAAAAACUACAAUAGUGCAUCUAACAGAAGUUUUUUUUAGUGACCAGCUCAGUUUCCUUUUCAAGUAGCCCUUAGAGAACCUCUCAAGUGGCCGCGAAAAUUAUCCCAGAAGAGGAGAAGCGGAUUUUUACAACUUUCAGAGGUCGUAACUGUUUUCACAGACCUCUGCGGCUAUUUUAAGGACAGAUUCGGAAUCAGCGUGAAAAACUUCAUCUGUUGGAUCCAAUUUGAAAAAUUUUAGGUGAAUAAAACCUCUUUUCAGUUUGUCGGUGUCCAUCAAGGCGUUGCUAGUCGCCAAAAUGUUCUUCGGAAGCGCUCUUCAGCUUUUUGUGAUCGUCCAGAUGCUCUGGCCUUCGGUCAAAGCACGUCUUCCGGAGGACUCUAAAGUCGCCCAAAAACUGGGUCCCUACGCUCUUCGGGCCGGCCUGAUGUUGAUUUCUCGUGAGUUUUGAAGGGACUGUAUCGAAAAAAUGCCGUUUUAUGAAGAUAUUUCAACUUCAAAUCAAGUUAAUGAAAAUUUCUUUCCACGUCCCAUGUAUUUCCCCCAAAGCGCAUGAUUGAUUUAUUUAUUUUCCCUUGUUCCGAAUCAUUUUAUGGCUUUUUUAUUGGCCAGCGCCUGUUUCCCUUGGCCAGUUUUUUUUUCAGUUUUCAAGAACUUUGAAAAAAAAUUUUUUAUAUGAUACAAGUUUGAUUUAGAAGAACAAAAAUAUUAUUUUUUCAAGGUUUAAUGAUUAAGUUUCAUAUAGAAAAUGAACUUUUUUUGAAACCUCUUGAAGGAUCAAAAAUCAAGCAUAGACAAUGUCCGAAAUUUUUUUCAAUUUUUUUGGAUAAUUUUUUUCUGAAUCUUCUCAAAUUAUCUAAAUAUCCUGUGCUAAUAGAAAAAGUUCUUCUGUGUUGAAUACAUUUGAACAUCUUCAAGUUCGAAUCAACGAUUAGAAAUGAAAUGUUUUCCAGUGGUGAUGGCAGUCCUGGUGCCGAAUCUUAUGGACAUCAUCCCCUUGGUCGGCAUCACCUCGGGAAUGCUCCUCUCCCUGAUUUUACCCUCAUUUUUGGACCUUAUGGUCUUCCUCCCAAUGUAUUCCAAGCAACAGGAACGGCGCAAAUUUGUUCAGAAACUGGUAAUCAAUAUAUUUUUGUUCAUUCUUGGCUGGUGCUUCCUAGUUUCAGGUCUUUAUUCUAGCAUCGAAGCCAUCAUUAACCAUCAUCGGCAGGUCUAAGACUAUUAAUUUUUUUUUGUGGCAUUUGGAAGGGUUUUUGAAAAAGAAAAACAAGAAGAUUUUCGUCUUUAAUGUUCUUUUGUUGAAAAAAUUGAUAGUUUUCUAAUGUUCAUAUGAAGCCUACAAAAAAGGAGCGCAGACUCAGGAACCGAACCUGUGACCUGAAUACCUGUAACCAGUAAUAGACAAAAUCCUAAUCAACUGAGCCUUCCGUUCAUUUUUCGACACACGAUUAUCUCUAAGUAUCCGCAUUAGUUUUUUAACACACGUUCUCUGAGAUUUUCGAAAAUACGUUGGUACAAUAAUUUUCAAGUUUGUUUUUUCGAGCUGAAGUUCAUGUCACAUGUACUAUGCGACCUUCUUAACACAUGACACCCGGUUUCGACAGGCUCCGCCCACUUUCAGGGUUAUGGUGGAGAAAAUACCGUAAAAAGCUAACUUUUUUCCUGGUCGAGCAAAUCGGUUCAAACCAACUGUAACGCAAAGAGCACGUCAUUUUGAACAUUUUUCAUGUUGAAACCUACUCUGGAAAAAAUUUUCUUCUUGUGGAAAAAAAUCGCUGAAAGUUGAAAAAUGACGAAUUCCGCAGUUUUUGAGCUCUACUAAAAUGGGGACCCCCGAUGGCCUUGAUUUUUAUUUUCUCAAUCGAUGUAUUGAGGUCUUGUGUGUUCGAAAAAAAUAUCCCUAUAUUCAAGUUUUAAGUGUCGUAGUACAUCACCAUCUCAAAGAACGCGUCCAACUUGAAAUUGGCCAAAACUUCAAAAAAAUCCACAACUUUUUUUGAGAGUUUGAUUUCAGUUGAGUUUUUUUGUUCUUGAUGUACUACAACUAACUUGUUUUUCAACUCAGGACAGUAAAAAGUGGAAAAACGAAAACUUGAAAAAAAUUUUUAAUUUUUCAAGUUUUCGAUUUUUUUGGACUUUUUUUGUUUUUUUCCCCCAGCUUUUGCUUUUUCACCUCUGCUGAGGAGAGGACCCUAGAAGGCCUGAAAUUUUAUUUGAUAAAAUGAUUAAUCAGGUCUUGCUUAGUUCAGAAAAAAUAUUCUCGUCUUCAAGUUUUGAGUGUUGCAGUUGACCACCGAAGCGCUGAAGCUGGCGACCUCAAAAUCGAGUAA